AUGGUUCAAAAAGUAUUGUUAUUAGGAUCGGGCUUCGUCGCUAAACCUACUGUAGACAUAUUAUCUGCGGACGCCAACAUCAACGUCACUGUUGCAUGCAGAACAUUGGCAAAAGCCCAGGAAUUAGCCGGCGACAAAGCGCAAGCUAUCUCGUUGGACGUGACCAAUAGCGAAGCAUUGGACAAAGUCUUGGCCGACUUUGACUUGGUCAUUUCCUUGAUUCCAUACACUUACCACGUCAAUGUCGUCAAGUCGGCCAUCAAGAACAAGAAACACGUUGUGACCACGUCGUACAUCAACCCCCAGUUGAAAGCAUUGGAGCAGGAGAUUGAAAACGCGGGAAUCACCGUGAUGAAUGAGAUUGGCUUGGACCCCGGUAUCGACCACUUGUACGCCGUCAAGACCAUUGAAGAGGUCCACAAGGCGGGCGGCAAGAUCAAGUCGUUUUUGUCCUACUGUGGUGGUUUGCCAGCACCUGAAAACUCCGAUAACCCCUUGGGCUACAAAUUCUCGUGGAGUUCAAGAGGAGUGCUUUUGGCAUUGAGAAACUCGGCCAAGUACUGGCAAUCGGGCGAAGUUGUCGAUGUCAAGUCGGAAGACUUGAUGGCUAGCGCCAAGCCUUACUUUAUCUACCCUGGCUUUGCCUUGGUUUGCUAUCCAAACAGAGACUCAACUACGUAUAAGCAGCUUUACAACAUCCCCGAGGCCGAGACUGUCAUUAGAGGCACGUUGAGAUUCCAAGGUUUUCCCGAGUUUGUCAAGGUUCUCGUUGACACUGGGUUCUUGAAAGAUGACGAGAGUGAAAUUUUCACCAAGGAAGGUCCAUGGAACGAGGCUACUGCUAAAUUAAUUGGCGCCCAAUCUUCUUCCCAGGAAGACUUGGUUGCCAGAAUCAAGCAAUUGACCACUUUUAAAUCGCAAGAAGACGAAGAGCGUAUCAUUGAUGGGUUCAAAUGGUUGGGCUUGUUAUCGGACAAGCCUUUGAAGCCCAAGGGUAACCCCUUGGACACCUUGUGUGCCACUUUGGAAGAAUUGAUGCAGUACGAAGAAGGCGAGCGCGACUUGGUCAUUUUGCAACACAAGUUUGGCAUUGAAAACAAGGACGGCACUACCGAGACUAGAACUUCGACUUUGGUUGACUAUGGUGUUCCUGGUGGAUACUCAUCGAUGGCCAAGUUGGUUGGUGUUCCUUGUGCCGUUGCCACUAAGCAAAUCUUGAAUGGCACAUUGAGCAAGAGGGGAUUGUUGGCGCCCAUGAGCUCAGAGAUUAACGAUUCGCUCAUGAAGGAGUUGAAGGAUGAGUAUGACAUUUACUUGGUUGAAAAGACCCUUUAA